UGCAUGUUUAGGACCCCCUCUUCUCCCUCUUUCCCUCCUCAACUCUCGGCAUCACUCACGGCCACAUUUUCACUAUCUCCUCCAUUCUUGGCUCUUUCUCAGGGUUUCCAUUCCUUAGUCCUUUCACAUUCAGGAUGCCUGAAGAUUGAAUCUGAUACUUUUUCCUGUGAUUUUGUUUGUAAGAACUUAAACCCGGGGAAGAAGAAGUCAAUCUUUCUUGUAGUGAGACAUGAUGGAAAAGAAGCAACUGAACCUUAAUGCACCACUCUUAUCUGUUAGGAAACCUACAUCGAAUUCGGGAUCUUUACUAUCUUCUAGGAAUUCGUCAGCAAAUUUAGGCUCUUCAGAUGGGAAAAGUAGGAAGUUGUUGCACAAAUCAGGGCCAAUUAGACAGCAUUCUCUUCCUGUACCAAAAUCAGACUGGGAACUAGGUGCAUUGACAAAACCAGCUGCAGUUCCAUUUGUGUGGGAGCAGACUCCUGGAAGGGCCAAAGGUGAAGGUGAUGAACAGACGGAGACUACUAAGCGCUCAGUGAGUGCUCCGAGGCUGCCUCCGGGAAGGCUACCAGAUUCUGUAAGGCGCUAUUCAGGUGAAAGAUGCAACGAUCAGAAUAUACACAGGCCUCAUCCUGAGGUGUAUCCUGUGAGUGACCAUGCAGCUCUAAUCGAUAGCUUGAGGGAAAGUAUAUAUGGAAAUGAGGAAUCCGAUUUGGAAAGCACAGAUGAUUAUUCUGAUGCACUGGAUGCCCUGUCUCCAACGGCAUCAUUUUCAUUCAACUGCAGUAUCAGUGGUUUGAGCGGUUUUGAAGUUCCAAAUGUGAAGCAAUCUGGAACUUUUUGUGUAGACCCACAGACUAAAGACUUGAUGAUGAGCCGGUUCUUACCUGCAGCAAAGGCUGCUGUUGUAGAGACACCUCAAUACAUUCCCAAGAAGCAACCUGCGGCAACUGAACCGCCAAAACAGCCUAGAAAGGUGGUCAGUGGAGAAAGAAAGCCUUUGCUUGAUCAUUAUGGUUCUAACAUCAUAUCAUUUUACAAUCAGUUUGCAGAAGAUGUUCAGAGUGAAGGUGAGGAUUCUCAUCGUGACAUUCCAAAGAAACGAUCAAGUAAAACUUGGGGAAUUUUUCCACGUUUAUGUGUCAAGAAAUCUUUGUGCCUCUUAAAUCCUAUACCAGCAAUGAAGCCAAGGACCCCUGUUCCUAAAUCUCCUCCUACUGAUGUUGGAAGGCUAACCAGAAAGGCCUAUAGUGGACCUCUUGAUAAGCAAGCUUCUGAUGCAAAUAAUAAGAGAAGAUUUCAUUCUGGAGUUCUAUCGCGAGAACUGCAUCAAGUUGAAAAUAAGCCAAGUGAUUCUAGACAGUUCUCGUACACUUCAUACAGGGCAGGAGGACUAUCGCCAUGCAGGCCUUCGAGAAGUGGGGGAAUAUCCCCUUACCGGAAUGCAUCACCUCAGUCUCCCUUUGGCAAAGGAGCAAGAUUUCUUGGUUUGCAUAAGGAAGUUGACAAUGUUACAGCUGAAAAGUACAGUUCCCUCUAUAGAAAGUGUAGCAAUCUUCUAGAUGCAGCGCCACCUCGUAUUUACAAACAAGAUACAGUCUCACCAACCGAAGUGGUUGAGAAGACAUUGUAUAUUGAUUCCGUCACUAGUGUUAACCUCAAAAAAGAUUUACCUUCUUCAAAAUCUGAGAGCCUUGGCAAUUCCCCUGGUGAGAAUUUGAAAAUUUCAGCAGAAAGGAAAAAGAUAGAAAAACUUUCACCUCCUUACAGUAAUGGAGAAGUAAAACUGUUGGAUGUCACCAAGAAAGGAAACAAGUUAGACCCUAAAUCAUCCUUGUUGGCCCAUGAAGUUCAACCUUCUCCCACUUGUAUCUCAAAUCUCAGAGGUCUAGUAGAUGGAAGAGAGAGUUUACAGUCAGUUAAAAGGUUCAAUGAAGACACGAAUUCCGUUGACGUGAAAGCUCAAUUGGAAGCCCAAACAGAUAUUGAUGCUGUCACUCCACAAUCUCCUUUGAACCCACCUUUGCCAAAAUCACCUUCUGAAUCUUGGCUUUGGCGUACACUGCCUUCAGUCAAUUUGCGUAUUCCAUUUUCACAUUCACACCUUGGGAAGAAUUAUCAAACUAAGAAUGUGGAUCAGAAGGCUUCUGUGGCUGGUACAAAAUGGGAGACUAUCGUGAAAACUUCUCAUCUACGUUACGAUCAUAAUCGCUAUUCUGAGGAAAAUUUUCCUCGUGUUUCUCACAAACAAAACAAAAUAUGAAGCAGAGUGGUCACUGCAAGGUUUUGAGCUUUAUCGUAAAUUUGAUCAGUGCUGUUUAGACAUUACUACCUACAGCUCCAUAAUUUCUUGAGCUCAGUUACCACUUAUUUCAAGUAAGGGUAUGUUCGCUUGUACGUGGAAUAUGCAGUGCUUAGCUACACCUGUUGAAGUUUAACUUUUUGUCUGAUUCCUGGAAAAAAUAUCGCACCUGAGUCUGAGGCUUUAUUUUCAUGCCUCCAUCUUUCCAUAGUUUUGCAAGGAUUUGAUUGUUCCGAUUCCCAAUCAUCCUACUACAUCGGCUCAGAGAGAGAGAGAGAGAGAGAUGUAUGGAAUCUGUGAACUCUAAACACAUGACAGUGUACUUAUUGUCUUGGAAAAGAUUAGUUUUGCUUUUCAGCUGAAUGUGGCAAGUAUUUUUUGGUGCAAUGUAUAUUGCAGUUUCAGAAUUUGGUCUUAUUGAAUAUCUGGACUUUCACCUCCACUA